AUGUCGAAUGAAGAAAAACAACAAGAUACACAAGAAGCACCAGUAACACCAUGGAAUUUAGCUAUUUACUAUCGACGCAUUUUUCCAUCACAUAUUUAUUGUAAAUGGCUUGCUUAUGGAGAACCUGCUGCAUGUCCUCAAUUUUCACAACGUGAAUUUAGUUUUACACUUGAAAAUGAUGUUUAUCGUCGUUAUCUUUCAUUUUCUAAUCAUAUUGAAUUUGAAAAAGAAUUAAUUAAAAUGUGUCCAGAAAAAAUUGAUAUUGGUGCUGUUUAUUCAGCUAAACCCAAAGAUCAUAAAAUGCUUUCUACUGCACAAUUUUAUCCAAUUGAACGUGAACUUGUAUUUGAUAUUGAUAUGACAGAUUAUGAUGAUGUUCGAUUUUGUUGUCGUGGUGCCGAUAUUUGUUCGAAAUGUUGGACAUUAAUGAGAUUUGCUAUGCAAAUCAUCGAUCGUGUAUUGCAUGAGGAUUUUGGAUUUGAACAUCGUUUAUGGAUUUAUUCCGGUCGACGUGGUGUUCAUUGUUGGGUUAGUGAUCAAACAGCUAGAGAAUUACAAUCAAGUACUCGUCAAGCUAUUGUUGAACAUAUAACAGUUAUUAAUGCUGGAAAAGAUUCAUCGAAACGUGUUACACUUUAUACACCAUUACAUCCAUCACUUCAACAUGCACGUGAAAUAAUUUUAACUGAAUUUGAUGGAUAUGCAUGUUUAGAACAAGAUUUUCUUGGAGAUGAUCAACGUAUCGAACGAUUUCUUCGACUUGUUCCUGAUGAUAAUAUCCUUUUCUAUAUUUUCAAAUUGACAGAACGUUGGGCUGCUUUUAAACAACAUACAGAUGGAAUGAUUAAUUCAGUAACAGCUACGAAUAAAUUUCGUAAAGCUGCUUAUACAACAUUAAUUGAUGAAAUAAUGUUUGAAUAUUGUUAUCCACGUCUUGAUGCCAAUGUAACAAAAGGAAUGAAUCAUUUACUUAAAUCACCAUUUAGUAUUCAUCCGAAAACUGGUCGUGUAUCAAUACCAAUUGCAUCAGAUGCUUUACCUUAUUUUGAUCCAUGUAAAGAAGGUUCAGUACCAAAAUUAAGUGAAUUAUGUCAACAAGUUGAACAAUUACCAAAACAAAAUGAAGAUAUUGAAAAUGGAAAAACAAAUAUUAAACAAAAAGAUUUUAAUCAAACAGCAUUGAAACCAUUUAUUGAUAUAUUUUCUCGUUUUGUUCAACGUUCACAAACGAGUAAACAAGAUGAAACAUUAGCUAAAAGUGAUUUUAAUACAAUGUUAUCAGGUGAAAUUUAA